AUGAAGAACCGUACAGCCGGCAAUUAAUUAGGGCGAACGGUAGGUCACCUGCGCAAGAACGGCCGAAUGGAUCGGCCACGAAGAGGCUGCACGAUGGAUUCCAGAUGGGCGAUUCCCGAUGAAGGAGGCUGCGCGGCGAUGAAGAUGGAGGUUGUUGAUGAAGGUCCGGAGGUUGUUGAUGAAGAUGGAGCCAUUGCCGGUGCACGACCGCCGGCCGCCGCACCCUCGACACCUACCGCCAUUCCUCCAAUCGCCUCUACACCGCGGCCGGUGCUAACCGCCGUCCCACCUAAAGCCACCAACCUUCCAAAAGUAGCUGCUACUCCAGUUUCACCACCACAACUCACACCCCUCGCCCCACAUGCCGUCUCAACGCCGCCAUCGCAGCCACCAGCACUGCCGCCGGCAGAGAAACAACGGCCGCCGCCUCGGGCAGCUAAGCCUCCGGCCAUGCCACCACCACCCAGGCCGUCACCGGCUCCUGCACCAGCGCCAAUUAGCAUGCCACCAACGGUUGCGGCACCGAUAUCGGCGCCCAUGCAAGCACCGCCGCCUCCCAAGAAGCACCAGAGAAAGAAGUGGAGACGACGACACAAGCACAGGCAUCACCACCACCACGCCCCACCACCGCCGCCGCCGCCAGUUGUGAGAAGCCCGCCGCCGCCACCUGAAGUGGAGGAACCAGCAACGCCAGCUCCAUCCCCAUCUCUAAGUUUGAAUGAAGGAACGUCGAUUCUGGGACGACGAGGAAGAAGAUCAAGAAUGUGGACAAAUGUUGGUCUGGCCGUGACUAUUUUAUUGCCCAUUAUAGCCUAGACAUUAACCUAAGUUCUUUUUUCUUUCUUUCUUUCUUUAAAUUUUCUUUAAGAUGAAGCUAAGCAAUUGGAUUAAUUAUUGUGAAAUUUGUAACAAGUGAUGCAUUGUUUAAUAGCCCUUGAGUUUGCAACAAUGUCUGGGCAAUGAAUUGAGGAAUUUAAG